GUAAUAUUAAAGUACUGGAGUGUCCGUAUUAGAACAACGAAAAUUGCCCAAAAGAGUGUCCGGGUAAUUAGAAGUGUCCGAUAAAUUAGAAGAUAUACGGUACUAAUUAAUUAAGGAUGGUUUCCACGGAGAGUUCGUCUCGGCAGUAUUUCUCGGCACUAAGUGUGUUGGGGGUGGUGGUGUUGGUAGGUGUGCCCGUCUGGUGGAAGACGACCGAGGUGUACCGAUGCCCCUUACCGUAUGAGGAGAUCGUGGGCCUCAGGGCUCAGCAGGUGCCCCCAGUGCGGGCCCUCACUGUGUGGGUUACCCAGCUGAGCAGCUCUGUGAGGGAACUGGAUGAUAUGGUACAGCAAAUGCAGAGGGAGCUUGUCGAUGGAUCAGUGUCUGCCAGUAAUGUGAGGAUAAGAACACACUACGUUGUGAAGCCUCGACAGCUAGGCUCCACUGACAAAGAGAAGCUAAUGUCGGCUCUACAGUCCAACACAAUGGAAGAUUUCUCUGCAGAGGUUGCUAAGCUACUCCCCUCCCAACUGGGCCAUUACACUCUGGUUCUGGUGGAUUCGGGACUCGUUGAAAAUCGACCAAUUGGAAAAGAGCUCUCACAUGGUUACGUCAGUCAUUACCGCCAUGCUCUUGUACUGAACAAAAACAAAGAUUUCUCAGACUCUCUACCAACUGCAUUGAAGAUCGUGAGAGGUAUCUAUGGCGACCGGAAACAGCUGGAGAAAACGUUAAAAAGUACAGCAGGGCUACAGCAAGAGAGGGUUGAUCUAGAGAGCAUGCGACAGCUCAGAGCAGCACAAGGCUACCAGAUCUCGUUCACACUCUUGAACCCUAACCCCUCGGAAGUUGAGACCACUUGGAACAUUGAAGAAGCCACACAGCAAGUUCUAAUGCCCUUUCUUGAGCACCCUGGAGUGGCCAGCCUUGGCAAGUACUCUAUCAGCUCUCAGGUUUUCUACUACACUGACGUUAAGUUCAAGUCUCGCAAGAAUAAGGCUGGUCUCGGCUACCACAUCCUCUCCUCCCAACUGCCCCCCAUGAUCAGCAGCAUCGAGUCAAAGCUAGGUUCCCUCGUCUCCCAGUUGCCUAGCCUCCAUUUCCUCGUCUAUAUACCCAAACUCUCCGAGUCUCCCCUCUCGAUACUCCCCUCCUCCAAGAGUGAUCAACACACCGACACAUUCCUCAUACCCCAGUGGGGAGGUGUAGUCUUCUAUAACCAUGGCAAUGUGACCUCUGACCCUGACAUUGUGGAUGUGAGGAUGGAGAGAGUUAUGCCUGUGUUUGUUAAACAGCUGAAACUGUUGCUAGGGAUACCGUCAGAGCUGCCACCUAUUAGCGAUGUGAAGCUGUCGAAUGGACCACUGGGGAUUACUGACUGGCAAGCUGAUCAUGUGCUUAUUGCUAAAAUGGUCGAGAGUGUAUCCAUGGCAUCAACGACUUUAAUCUCAUUGGUCAGUCUACUGGACAAAGUCAAGAACAUGGUCAUCAGUGAUCACAUUCAGGCCGAGGUGGAAUCUUCUCUUAACUCUAUCAAGCAGUGUUACCAGAUGUCGGCCGAGGGUGACCUGGACGCUGCCUACACACUGGCCAAGCAGGCAAUGGACUCUGCAGAGACGGCAUUCUUUGAUCCCUCUAUACUAGAGCUACUCUACUUCCCAGAUGAUCAAAAGUUCGCCAUAUACAUUCCCCUCUUCCUGCCCAUCAGUGUGCCCAUUCUCUUCAGCUCUAUCGCUGCUAUCAAGUGGCUCAAGACGCUCAGAACUAACAGUGCUCAAAAAUUAAAAUCAGACUAGUCCUGUAUACGUAUCUAACUUUGGCAUGUAGCAAGAUGUCACUCGCGUGAUUACAGAGAUGUUUGUAUCUUAGCAGACAAAGCCACAGCUUUUCCACCUUUA